CGAUAACCAGGUAUUGUUUCGAAAACAGCUGUUCGGCUUUCACAGUAGCUGUGUUUAAUUAAUUCGUGUGUGUGCAAGAUGAGUGUGAAUUAUGGACAAAAUGCAGCGGAUAACGAAUUUUUGGAAGCACAUCAAGCUGUACAGCUUUCCGACGACGGCGCAAGUGAUGAUGACAAUGAGGCAACAGACACAAAUCUGCCAGCGAGUACCUCUAUCAACGACGAAGAGGAGGCAAGUGGUGCCGCCAACACACAUGUGGUAGCCCAUCACUACAACGAGCUGAAGGAGGCGGGACGCAAGGAAAGGCACAAAUCGAAGAUCUAUUUCAUGCGCAACUUCAACAACUGGAUCAAAAGUCAGUUGAUCAACGAGUACAUGGCGCUAAUCAAACAACAGAAGCGCAUUGGUGACGCAUUGCGGGUCCUGGACAUGUGUUGUGGAAAAGGAGGCGAUCUGCUUAAGUGGGAUAAAGCGGCGAUUUCACAUUUAAUUUGCACAGACAUUGCCGAAGUAUCUGUGGAGCAGUGCAAGCGUCGUUAUCAGGAUAUAGCGCAACGUGCCGAUAAAUCCAAGUUUGGCAACAAAUUCACAGCAGAGUUUUUCGCCUGUGACUCAACGAUGGUCAGGCUGCGUGAGCGUUAUAAGGAUGCUUCUCUGCAGUUGAAUUUGGUGUCGUGUCAGUUUGCUUUCCACUACUGCUUUGAGUCUCUGGUGCAGGCUGAUUGCAUGAUGCGCAACGCUGCCGAAUGUCUGCAACCUGGAGGUUACUUUAUAGCAACCAUGCCGGAUGCUUAUGAGAUUAUUAGAAGAUUGAAGGCAGCAGGUCCUGAUGCCCGAAGCUUUGGGAACGAUGUCUAUAGCAUAGAAUUUGAGGGUAAUGCGAAUGAGCUGCCCUUGUUUGGGGCCAAGUACCAAUUCCAUUUGGAGGGCGUUGUUGACUGUCCUGAAUUUCUUGUACACUUUCCCACGUUGGUAAAGCUCGGCCGUAAGUUCGGACUUCAACUUAUCAGACGCAGCACGUUUGCUGAAUACUAUAAGGAGACAUUACCUCAAGGGCGCCACCUUCUCCAGCGAAUGUCCGGACUGGAGUCUGUGCAACCGCAACGUUGUGGCAACGAUGAGCAAUUCGCUCAUGUGCGGAAAACUGUUGGCACACAACGUGGACGAGCUGUUGGCACAUUGUCCAAAUCCGAAUGGGAAGCAACAACUCUGUAUUUGGUGUGUGCCUUCAAGAAAUGCAAGAACAGCUGGGAUGCCAAUGGAAAGCCUUUAUUUGAGUUUGACGACUGACGUACUCUUUAAAUUAAGCGUAUGCAUUAGUAUACUUAUUAAAAAUAACUCUUCGAUGUUUUUAUGACAA